UAAAAUGAAUGAAGUAAUUGAAAAUCUUACACUGGAAAUGAUCAAAGAUGCCAGAAAAUCAAUUAUAGAGAGUCCACUAGGAGUUAUUAACACACAACUGAUACCAUGGACUCAAACCUCAUUACAUAUGGACAUAUCCUGUAAUCUUUACUUAAAGCUGGAAAACAUGCAGAAGACAGGUUCUUUCAAGAUAAGAGGAGUGACAAAUCAGCUGGUCAAAAAAAACAAAGGGGUGAAAAAUAUUGUCACAAUGUCAGCUGGAAAUUAUGGAAAAUCAUUUGCUUAUGCUUUAAAUCAUCACGGGUUUCAAGGCAAAGUACUGAUGCCAGAUACUGCCCCCCCGACAAGAUCAGCUAUAAUAACUAGAUUUGGAAUCGAAGUGGAACGUAUGCCCAGUGGAUUAUUGAUGUCUGGAGUAGAGCGAUGCAUAGCAGAGAGUAACAUGACUUUUCUGCAUCCAUUUGAUGAUUUAGAUCUGAUUGCUGGACAUGGGAGUCUUGGUCUAGAAAUUCUGGAUGUCAUUCCUAGCCCAGAUGUUAUACUUGUGUGUUGUGGAGGUGGAGGACUACUUUCCGGAGUAGCUGCUGCUAUAAAACUUUCAAAUUGCAACAACACAAGAGUGUAUGGUGUGGAGCCAGAAGGAGCCUGUACCAUGCAUAAAAGUUUUAUUGAGAGGCCUGUUUCAUUAGAUGCAAAAAGCAUUGCAGUUGGACUGGCACCACCUUUUGCAGGAACAAUGACAUUUGCAAAUUGCCAGAGAUAUGUAGAAGACAUCUUAUUGAUCACAGAUGAAGAAAUUAAGAGAGUUGUAUCUAUUCUCUAUAAUGCUGGACUUGUUGUAGAACCUUCAGGGGCAGCAGCAUUUGCGAGCACUGACAGGGAACAAGGUUCCAGAUAUCAGUGGGGAAAGACCGUAGUAGUAAUAUUAAGUGGGGGUAAUAUCGGUAAGCAAGAACUGAGUACUUUCCCUGAUUACACUGACAUAUAGAAACUAAUACUAAAAAUUCAUCUAGGUAAGAAAAAAUCUACAACCAAGCAGAAUAUGCAGGCUCAAGGCUAAUCUUUAUAUUAUUUACUAGAAUAUAAUAUUCCAAUCAUUAUAAUCUGUUACAUCAUUUUUCUGUGAAUCAUCAUUAGGCAGAAUUAAAGUGCAUUAGGUUAACUGUCGUGGUAACAAGUGUAUAGUAAUAAUUACUAUGAUUUGAUUGUAUUAAAGAAAAUCAUGCAGUAAGUAGUGUGGUCGCCAGGGGGUUGCACCAGCUCCCAAACCCGAUACAAGCAGACACCAGGCACAAGUUCAGCAACACACACCUUUUUACUUUGAUGUGGGAAAUGUUUCCCAUCAAUGCACAGUACAAAUAAAGCACACAACACUUCUUGUUCUUUCUCUCAGUCCACCUUCACUCCUCCUCCAGCAAGCAGCAUUAGCAUCAUCGUCAUCGUCUGCCUCUGGCUCCCUGAAUGAAGGCAGGUGGCUCCUUUUAUGCUACACCUGGGAGUACUCCAGGUGGCUCAUUAUUAUCUGGAUGGACUGUAUUCCCAGGUGUGGUGAAAACCCAAAGUAGGGCUCUGCAGCUCCCCCUGGUGGCCCCCCAACAGGACUGUGCCAGACUCCAUCUCCCAUGUACCCCUGCAGGAAUUCAAGGUACUAUUGCAACCCAGAAAGGCUGCCAUCUUGCACUCAGGGAGAGGCAGUCUUCUGUGGACAUCUGCUCCCCCUGUCCUUCCAGUAUAUCAGCCUCUCAGCUGGGAAGGGGCCCCAGAUUAUCAAGGCCACUUUCCAUUAUUCCUGCCAUAAUGUGUGUU